GGUGACCGUGUUGGACCGCAGCCUCGAACACAGACGGAACACAGGACAAAAAUGUAGGUCCCACCACCACCAGCAUCAUCAUCAUCAUCAUCAUCACCACCAUGUCUAUCAAUGUGAUUCUGAGGAAGAUCACCAACCUGCCCGGACGGUCUGACAGAAAGGUUGAACUCUGUUUCAGAGGUUUCACCCACAAAACCAGAGUCCUGCAGUGCGAGAAUUUGGCCAUCUUCAAUGAGGACUUCCGUUGGCCUCAUUAUGGCAAAGACAUUCGCGAGGAAGUUUUGUCUGUCAGCGUUUACAACUCCAGCAAGGUCUUUUCAAACAGAUUGCUGGGCCGACUGGAAGUCAGUCUCCAGCACGCCGUCUCUGCAGGAAGACUGUUGCUGCGGGAGCCGCUCACUGACGGAAACUUCUCCCUGACAGACAUCUAUGUAGAGUUGGACAUCCGCUAUCUUCCUUUGGAAGGCGCCAUUGGACAAUGGGAGGGAGCGGAUUACCUGAAGGUGGUGAAAAACAAUGAAACGGAUCUGGUCAUCAUGAAUGAAGGAUUUGAUGAUAACAUAGACAGCCCGCCGCCCAUUCUUGCUCGCCCAGAUCCUCUGGACCGGGAGGCUCGACAACUCGGGCGAAGUCUAGUCAGGAGUGGCGAUGAAGAUGACGACGACGACGAUGAUGACUAUUAUGACGACGACCUGAUGGACAUGGAGGCCUCCAACAUCAUCUUCACCCCUCUUCUGAGUCGCUGCAAACCUCUGUCGCGACGGGUCGCUGCUGAGACACCUAAAAUCCGGAGCUUUCAGGUCAAUGUCAACAUACUGGAAGCUCAGAAGCUGGUGGGAGUGAACAUCAGUCCGGCAGUUUUCAUCCGAGUGGGAGAUCAGAAAAAGCACACGGCUACACAAAAGUCCACCAACUGUCCUUUCUACAACGAAAACUUCCAGUUUGAGUUCCAGGAGACUCCUGAGAUCCUCUUCGACAAGGUCAUAGAGAUGAAGGUCUUCCACAGAAAGACCUUGGGUUUCCUGAUGACUCACAUUGGCACAUUUAAGAUUGACAUUUCCACUGUGUACAGCCAGCCAGACCACAGAUUCUACCAGAAAUGGGCUCCUCUGACUGACCCGACGGACACCAGGUCAGGGAUCAAAGGCUACGUUAAGGCCAGCAUUAGUGUGCUGAUGAAGGGGGAUUCUCCGGGUACUCCCAGUCUGUCAGCAUCAGGUGCCAGUGAGGACAUUGAGAAAAAUCUGCUGCUCCCUCGGGGCAUGACUUCAGAGCGGCCAUGGGCCAAGUUCAGGGUCCGGAUCUACAGAGCGGAGGGCCUGCCCACUAUGGAUGCUGGUCUGAUGGCCAAGAUGUCAAAGGUUACAGACCGAACUGUCUUUAUUGACCCCUACGUGCAGGUGACCUUCGCUGGGCAGCAGGGGGAGACGUCGGUUACCAGCGCCACCUGCAAUCCGGUUUGGAACGAGGAGAUCUCCUUCAUCGAGCAGUUCCCUCCUCUGGCUCAGCGAAUUAGAGUCCAGAUCCUGGAUGACGCCAAGAUGGGAGACGUUGCACUGGCAACUCACUUCUUGGACCUGCAGCAGAUUUCUGACCCCACCAGGAAUGGUUUCAACCCGACAUUCGGUCCCUCCUGGGUCAAUCUCUAUGGGUCUCCUCAGAACUCCACCCUGGGCGAUGUCCAUCAGGCUUUGAAUCAGGGUCUAGGCGAAGGAAUCUUCUACCGUGGUCGCAUCCUUCUGGGGCUGAGUGUGGAGGUUUAUUCGUCACCUUCUUCCACCGUCACAGAUACAGCUUCUUCUGCAGUGGGAAAGGUGAAAGGUGCGCUCGGGAGACUCACCAUGAAGAGGAAAAGUAGCAGGGUGAAGAAUAUUACAGUUUCUGCAACAACUGAGACUGGAGAUGAGUCUGGGGAUAGUGGAAUUGAGGUUCCAGAGUCCGUCACUGUGGAAACUGAAGACAUAUAUCCACUUCCUGAGGGAUAUUUGGGUGAGCGACAAGAGUUUCUGCUAUUUGCUUCGAUAUUUGAGGUGACUAUGAUGGACCCCUCGAUUGGAACCAAACCAGUGGCCUUUGAACUCUCAAUAGGCAAUUUUGGAAAGGUAGUGAAGGUGAGGAAGACCAGCAAAAGUCAAAGCAAGGAGGACCUGGCGAGGAGUCUGGAGGAACUGAGGAGGAGCCGGGAGGACCUGGCCAGGAGCCGUGAGGAGCUGCUGAGGAGCAGAGAGGAUUUAAGCGAGGAGACUCUAAAUCUGUUGGAGUCAGAUGACGAACUGGAACGCAUUGAUGAGUUGUGUGCUGAACUUGAUAACAGAUCUACUUCCACUCCUAUGAGACCUCAGCCCACCGAGUACGACCGAUCCUUCUAUUGCAUUCCUCUUCACGCUCCAUUUGUACGAGAGAAGCCCUGCAUGUACAUCUGGCCUCAGUUUGAAGACCACAGCUUCCGACUGUAUCAGGCCAACUGGCUGAGCAGGAUGGCCGACAGGCUGGAAGUAGGCCUCAACGAGGUGGAGAGUUUGCUGAGGAGACCGAGGAGCAACAUGAAGGAGCGUCUGAUGAAUGUGCUGAUGGAGUUGGUGGCCUCCUGCAAACAGUUCAGUGCUUUCUCAGACAGGAGGUCUCAGUCUCGUCCCAACAGACUGGACAGCUGCCGGAGAGAGUACAUCAAGAAGAGUCUGGUGGCCGUGGCCAGACAGGCGGUUCGAGCGAGGAGGAAAAUCACAAGGAAAACGGCGAAGCAACGCAUCGCAGAUGUCCGGAAACUCCUGAAGAAGCUGCGGCUGCUGGCUAAAGAGCCUCAAAGCACCAUCCCGGAUGUUUUUCUCUGGCUGCUGAGUGGAAGCAAGAGAGUGGCUUACGUCAGGAUCCCGGCGUAUUCCAUCUUGUUUUCACUGGUGGAGGAGCAGAAGGGGCAGGACUGUGGUCGACUGUCUACGCUUUACAUGAAGUCUCCUGGCUGCCCAGCGAGUGAGAUCUUUGCCAAGUUGGAGGUCUACCUGUGGCUUGGUCUGGCCAAAUACAGCAAAGAGGCCAUCACAUCCAUCCCAGAUGAGUUCAUGCCCAUCUAUGAGGAGGAGGAGGAGGACAAAGAGGAGGAGAGAAUACAGGGUCCUCCUGAGAAGAAGAAGCUUCCUAUCAGCUUGUCCUGCCAAGACAGCCGCUACUUCCAGCUGCGCUGUCACUUGUACCAGGGUCGAGGCUUGAUGGCCGCAGAUGAUGAUGGUCUGUCAGACCCUUUUGCUAAGAUUGUCUUCUCCACACAAUGUCAGGUCUCAAGGGUUUCUCCGGACACUCUCUCUCCUGCCUGGUGCGAGUGCCUGUGGUUCGAUCGAGUUCUGCUGGAGGGAACGAUAGAGGACCUGAAACAAGACCCGCCCCUUGUCAUCAUCAACUUCUUCGAUCACGACACAGUGGGCAGUCCAAAGCCUCUGGGUCGAGCUUUUGCCGAGCCUGAAUUUAAAACGGUGGAUCAGUACUACAAGAAGCCUCAGCUCCGUUUCUUUGACAUCAGCAUGGGAAGGGCGGCAGCAGGGGAGCUGCUGGCCGCCUUUGAGCUCAUCGAACUGGAUUACUCCGGGUUUGGAGAGCCCUCCCUCCCCAGCAGUGUCGACCCCCAGGAGCUGACCUAUCUGCAGGACAAGCAAAUCUACAUGAUCCCUGAAGGAGUCCAGCCAGUUCUUAGGACCUUCAGGAUCGAGGUUCUCUUCUGGGGCUUGCGUGACCUGAAACGGGUGCAGCUGUUUGAAGUUGACCGCCCUCUGGUGAGGGUGGAGUGUGCUGGCCGACAGCUGGAUUCUGAAGAGAUUGAGAACUUUAAGGCACAUCCGAACUUCAAGGAGGUGGCUCGCUGCUUUCACGUGGCGCUCCCAGAGCAGACCUACCUUCACCCUCCUCUGACACUGUUUGUGGUGGAGCAUCGGGCAUUUGGUCGUGUCGCUCUGGUUGGGUCUCAUGUGGUUCAGAGCCUCAUGGAUUAUGCCCCACGUGAGAUGAUCGAUGAACCAGAGGAGGAAGAUGAUGAGCCAAAACCAAGACGUCAAACAAAAAGUUUUGCCAGGGCCAUGAGUCAGAAGAAACCCUCUCUGAUAUCACUGAAGAGCAUCAACCUCAGCAACUUGGCAAUCAAGCAGUCCAGGAUUUCUUCAAAGCUGGAUCCUUUUAAGAAACUGAUGAAGGCAGAGGAAGAGCUGGAGGAGGAUGCUCCUGAGGUGGAGGAGUUGGACUGGUGGUCCAAAUACUAUGCAUCCCUAGAUGAGGUGGAACGACUGACUGCUGAGCAACUGGAGAGGGAGGAAAAAGCAGAGACAGAUGGAGGAAAUCUGACGAUGGCGAACAUUGAAGAUGAGGAGGAAGAGGAAGAAGCUGUGGUCGUGGAGAUUGAGCCCCCAAAACGCAAGAAAAUAGCAACGCUAAAGCUGUAUGGAGGCGACCUGGAGACUGAGUUCAGUCAGUUUCAGGACUGGCUGAAGAUCUUCCCGCUGUACAAAGGCAGUGCAAUGGGAGAAGACAGUGACGAGGAUGAGGAGGAGCGCCUGAUGGGGAAAUGCAAGGGAUCCUUCUUGGUUUACCCGAUCGAAGACGAGGAUGAAGAGAAUAGCAAGUGUCAGAUCACUAAUGGCCUUCCAAAUAACUCGCCGUUACAAGUCUUGGUGCGGGUUUAUAUUGUCAAGGCGACCACCCUUGCACCCACCGACCCAAAUGGUAAAGCCGACCCUUACUUGAUUCUCCGGAUUGGACAGCAGACGCUGGACACCAAAGAGAAAUACAUCCCCAAACAGCUGAACCCUGUUUUCGGAGAAGUGUUCGAGUUCACAGUGUCCUUCCCACUGGAGACCGAGCUGGCCAUCACGGUGAUGGACCAUGACAUGGUCGGGGCUGAUGAUGUCAUAGGAGAGACGCGAGUCGACCUGGAGAACAGGUUCUAUAGUCGGCACAGGGCCACCUGUGGUUUGGCGCUUUGUUAUGAUACGAGUGGCUACAACGUGUGGCGGGACAUCAUGAAGCCAACAGCCAUCUUGGCCGAGCUCUGCAGGAAGAACAAGAUCCCACCUCCAGAAUUUAGACCGUCAGUCGUCAAAGUACUGAACAGAAUUUUCAAAAUACCACCAGAUGCCAUUCCUGAAGAGCUGCUGAAGAAGAACCAGUUGUCUCCAGAGGAGCUUGAAGAGAUUGAAGAGCAUUCAGCACUUCACGUACUCCAUCAAUGGGCAGAGAUGAAUGAGUUCCUGCCUGGGACUGUUCCAUUGGUGCCGGAACACGUGGAGAUCCGAUCCCUGAUGAACCCGGACAAACCAGGUCUGCCACAGGGAUACCUUCACAUGUGGGUGGACAUGUUUCCGACGGACAUCCCGGCUCCGCCCCCUGUCGACAUUAAGCCCCGGCUUCCAAUCCAGUACGAGCUACGUGUCAUCAUCUGGAACACAGACGAUGUGAUCCUGGAUGAUGUCAACCCCUUCACAGGGGACCCGACCUCUGACAUCUACGUUAAAGGCUGGAUCAAAGGUUUAGAUGGAGAUAAACAGGAGACGGACGUCCACUUCAGCUCUCUGACUGGUGAAGGAAACUUCAACUGGAGAUUUGUGUUUCGCUUUGACUACCUGCCUUCUGAGAAAGAGGUGGUCUACAAGAAGAAGGAGAGCAUCUUCUCACUAGAAGAGUCAGAGUUUCGACAGCCAGCUAUUUUGACGCUGCAGGUGUGGGACUACGACCGGAUUAGUGCCAACGACUUUUUAGGAGCCAUCGAGCUUCGCCUCAGCGAUAUGGUGCGAGGAGCAAAGUCUGCCGCCAAGUGCAACGUCAGGAUGGCCAAAGACCGAGCCAGUCCACGUGUUUCCAUAUUUCGCUCAAAAAAAAUGAAAGGCUGGUGGCCGCUGGUCCGCAUCAAGACAGCCGAGGAAAUUGAGAAGGAGAGGCGCGAGGCUGAAAAGAAAACCAAGAAAAAGAAGACCAGAGAGAAAAGAAGCAAGCUGAAAAAGGAGGAUUUGGAGUUCAUUGACAGCAGUGGCAACAUAUUUAUGCUCAUGGGCAAGGUGGAGGCAGAGCUUCAGUUGGUGACAUUAGAACAAGCUGAGGCCAAUCCUGUCGGCCGAGCUCGAAAAGAACCAGAACCUUUGGAGAAACCCAAUCGACCCACCACCAGCUUCUCCUGGUUUGUCAACCCCAUGAAGACGUUCAUUUACCUCAUCUGGGCUAAGUUCAAGAAGUUCAUCAUUGCCCUGGUCAUCCUGAUCUUCCUGGCACUCUUCCUCGGGCUGCUCAUCUACACAGUCCCUCAGCAGAUCUCUGCACUCAUGAUCUCGGGGUGAAGAGUCUUCAUCAACAUCAGCAGUCAACUGUCUCAGGCUUCACAUCCUGCUCCUCCAUAGACAGGUGUCAUGUUUGUGCUGAAAUUAGACGCUGAAAUAUCCCCAAUUCAGUGCUGAUUAACGUGCAAUAAUGUACAAAAAUAAUGUUGUGUCAAGUCAUUUGAAGUUGUUUUCAUGUAGUCACCUGCUAUUGUUUUGUCGAAAUGGUCCCCAAGCCUUGACAUACAUAUAUCCUGAUACAAUGCACUUGGCGACCAACCGUUUUAACAGCCUGCCUAAUAUUUUGAUCCCAAAAGAUGAUGAAUCAAUAUUAGGCAGGUGGACAUAAUGUUUGCCGACUGGUGUAGAUUGUUCUAAACAAGCUAAAUGUUGAUAGGUUCAUGAA